AUGAGAAAAAUCAAGAUUUACCUGCACUGUUUUAAAUUUUUUUAUAAAGUAACUUUCGUCGGGUUUUUCUUUCUAAUUUUUUUGACAAUUAUUUAAAAAAAAAAAGUUAUUCAGUGGGUUCUAUAAAUGUCCCGAAAGUGAGCUCAGAAAUUGUGGAAAAAAAGUUUUCUUAUAUUUUGUUUAACCCCAUGUGAAGGCUCUUUCAGUCUCAAUACGAACAAAUCCCUAAUUUUCAAGGAAAGGAACUUCAAAUUCUAAUUAAAGUAUCGAAAUCAGUAUAAAUGAUCAUUCUUACCUGGUUAUAGCCCUUUUUCUCAAAAGCCCGGUAGUCGUGGUUUAGGCUUUCAGGGUAUUCACCUGGUACAUCAACGAGUAUUCUGCCCAAUUUCCAGUUAAUCCUCAAUCAAAAAAGCCUUCCUAGAGAUUCCUAUUCCUUCUAAGGAUCCUAACAAGACUUUAUGUGAAAUUCUGCAGGCCUGAACGCGAACACGCUGCAGUUCUACCGUCACGGCGUGACGCACCCCUGGAAGAUCUUCUGCGAGCCGUUCAUGCUCAACCACGGAGUUCUCAUCGUCGGCUACGGCGUCGACGGCCGCAAGCCCUACUGGACCAUCAAGAACUCCUGGGGCACAAACUGGGGCGAGAAGGGGAUACUUCCGGUCAGUUUCCUUCUUUUUCAAGGGACAAGAGGAAAUAGGUAAAUGAAUAAAAAUGCUCGGUAUUUGGGUAAAAUAAAGCUUCAAAACUGCCGCUUUCAGAGCAAUUUUUGUUAUAAGGGAAGUUGGCUUCAGUUAUUUCCAAAUAUUCGAUUUAAUCAAGCCCCCAAAAAAAGCUACCGGUCAAAAAAAUGCCUGAAGUAUUGGUUAGUUAAAUUUUAUAUAAUUUCCAGUUUUACGUAAAAAAAUAAACUGUCUUUCUUGUAUAAUUAAAAAUUUUUUUAAAUGUCACAGAAAAAUGUAUUUUUUUAUUUGUUUCACCGCUUUUUUUAAACCUAGUUUUUGCAACUUGAUCUUCAGGUUGCUGUUUCCCAUUUACCUACUCAAAGAUCAAAGUUUCUCUUCAGCAACAGACUUUCCAAGAAUUUGCAAAAAAAGAAAAGCAAACUUUUCGGGUUACUUGGCGCUUUUGAUCAAAAACCGUUUGGAGCCAAAGUUUCAAGUCAGCUGAGUUUUUCUUUUUCAGAAGAAAGAGAAACAGAUGGGAAAUAUCCUUAAAAUCAUUUUUUAAAAAAAUUUUUUUAUUUUGAAUGACCAUAAACAAAAGAAAGUGCUCGGCAAGAAAAAAAGCCGAGUUAACACAAAAAAAUUAAUACUUUUGAAAAAAAUCGAUUAAAGACUGCACUUUGAAGCCCAUCUGCUCGCAAAAAUAGAAAAUUUUUUUGGAUUUUUUUCUUAGUUUUUUUCAAGAAAAAAAUCAAUAAUUAAGUUCUACUGCAUGGUUUCAUUUUAUAAACGUUUUUUUCAGUCUCUACCGUGGCAAAAACGUCUGUGGCGUCACUGA